UAAACAACUAUGGCUUGCGUAAAAAUCGUGAAACGAAACGUCAGCUGUCAAAUACUAAUGUACUAAGCGCGACCCGAUGACACCAGUGAUAUAUUUAAUAUUUUUUUAUUACAAUUCCAAUAUAUAUUUUUCCACACAAUAAUACAUAAUUUAAAAGCUGAAGAAGUUACAAAUGAGUAACUUCAAAACUCUUCGACUAAAUGACGACGAACUAACAUCACCAUCUUCAGACGAAAAGAUGGACACUGGCUCCGAAUCCUUUCGUUCCCAAGACACCCCCAACUCUGUCCUCUCCUCAGACUUCGAGGGCGACCACCCUGAACCGGUCUUAAGGCUCCAAAACCCUGAAAUACUCCGCCUAUCCGAAACUGAGCGGUUCAACGACAGUUUGAUAACGAAAAUGUCGAAUCUUCACUUAGACUCCCCUCGUCCUAAAAACCUUGGUAUUAGCCCACCGAAAUUUAGCUCAACCCUAACUCUUACUACUAGCCAUCCGUUAAUGAGUCCAGAUGAAAACUACCCGGAUUUAAUACCGAAGAAAUUGCACAAAGUAGAUGAUGAUAAGGAUCUAAGUUUGUCAAGUAUUGAAGACGAAAGGGCGAGCGAUAAUACUUGCUUCUAUAGUCCUCAAAGAAAUACUUCGAAAAAUAAUCUUUAUUUUACCGAAUGCUUUGUGACUGCUGAAAGCCAGGAUCUUACAGGGUUGGACCUGACGGUUCCUCCUGAUGUGGCAAGAGUUGAGAAGGUGGAACGGAGGAAGAUUGUGCCCAAAUUGAGGGAUGGUACUCCUCAAAAAGAUGGGAUGUUGAAGUAUAUAGAGGAAUCUCAUAAGCAAAGUACUCCUAAGUCUUUGCCGGUGGAUAUUGCUGUGAAUGAGGAGUUUCAUUCGGUGGCGGAAUGGUGCGAAUCGCCCUCACAUCUUCGAUCGAUGCCGAACUUCGAACUGCCUAUUGAGAUGUCUAGCAGUUUAGGAAUGCAUAACGAUCUAGGUUCCCCCGACGUGAUCUCCGCCUCCACACAAGAGGACAGGUCAGCAUACCAGGCGCUCCUGGACCCUUACACCGGCAGCGUGGCGCUCCGCCACACGCCGGCACCUAACCGGAGCCCUGGCUUGCAGCGGAGGAAAAUACGACUGCCCCCCGAAGAAGACAGAUGCAGCUUAGACAGCGUGAGCGCGUGCUCCAUGGAGUCGGAGGAGGAACCGCCUUCUCCCCAGGAGUUGGAGCCGCAGCCGGUCAACCAGCACCUGGUGCUCAGUGACGAUGAGGGGAGCAAGAUUUCAAAAUCAACAAACACGCUAUCGGAAGCGAGCGACCCGAUCCCGGAGUACUCGGCGGCCGAGGAGUUCAGCAACGAGAGAGCCUGGAUAUCCGUGCCCAGGGGGGGAGGGCAUGCUACUUGUGACAUGAAGGUAAUAGAGCCAUACAAGCGCGUGAUAUCUCACGGCGGCUACGACGGUGGCGGUGCGGCUCUCAUAGUGUUCAGCGCCUGUCAUCUGCCCGACAAUGCACGACCAGACUAUACUUACUGUAUGGAUAAUCUGUUCCUGUACGUCAUCUGGACACUGGAACGCCUCGUCACAGAUGACUACGUACUAGUAUACCUGCACGGCAGCGCGGGUCGGAGACGUCUGCCCAGCUUCCACUGGCUGCACGAGUGUUAUAAGCUUAUAGAUCGGAGGUUACGUAAGAGUCUGAAACACUUGUACCUGGUUCACCCGACGUUUUGGCUGAAAUCUUUCGUCAUACUCACCAAGCCGUUUGUAAGUUCGAAAUUCUUUCGCAAGCUAUCGUACGUGCGCAGCCUCGCGGAGCUCAUGCAGAAAGUGCCCAUCGAGCCCAACGCCAUACCCGAGCUAGUUAAACAGUACGAUGCUACUAGGCGAUAGAUAUAUUAAUAGCUAUAUAAACUUAUGUAUGCACAGUUUUUCGUAGAGUGCUCAAAUUCAUAA